AUGGGUGGAACACUGAGCAAUAAACGAAAUAACAAUGGUAUAGGUGUACUGACUACCGGAGAUAACGCCGGUUCUCUUCAGAUGAGUCGGAUGGAUUGGCGAGACGAAGUUGUAAGACAUUAUAGCAAACAUCAUAACCCUCAAAUGCGUCAAUUAAAUUACGAACGCAACAUAAACGCCUAUGAAUCCGUUCUAAAAGAGUUGUCUGAAAAGGAGAGCAAAACUUACUAUCAAAUAUGUAAGGACUAUUUCUUGGAUCUUAACACUUUUGGAUAA